AGAAAGAGAAAGACUUCCGCGUGACUCCAGUGUAUCUGUAAAGAUGGCGGACACGUGUGGACAGGUUUUGCUGGGAUCAGGGCUCACCGUCCUCUCCCACCCUCUGAUGUACAUUAAAGUCCUGAUCCAGGUGGGACACGAGCCGCUCGCGCCCACCCUGGGCAGGAACCUGUUCGGCAGACAAGUCUACCAGCUGCCCGGCCUGUUCGCGUACGCCAAGCACAUCAUGAAGAUCGAUGGAAAAGCGGGUCUCUUCAAAGGGAUCGGCCCGAGGCUGUGCGCCGGCUCCAUCGGCACCAUUGUUCACAGCAACGUUUUGCAGAAAUGUCAAGAACACGGGACGCUCCAGGUGCUGGGAGGUCAGCAGAAGGCUGCGGAGGGAUCCAUACAGCACGUUGUUAACGAGACAACCAAAGAGAUGAUAGCCCGAUCCUGCGCCACCAUUGUCACACAUCCCUUCCAUGUGAUUACUUUGCGAUGUAUGGUCCAGUUUAUUGGGAGGGAAACCAAAUACAGCGGGGUGUUUGACUCUGUAGUCACGGUCUACAAAGAAGAAGGCUUACUGGGCUUCUUCGCUGGUCUGAUUCCUCGCCUGCUCGGUGACGUUCUGUCUCUGUGGAUUUGUAACCUGCUGGCUCACGUCAUCAACACAUACGCCAUCGAUGACUCGAUGAGUCACACAGGGGAAAUCAAGAACUGCUCUCAGGCUGUGACCGGGUUCUUCGCGAGUAUGCUCACGUACCCGUUCGUUUUGGUGUCGAACCUCAUGGCUGUCAACAACUGCGGGCUGGCCGGAGGCCUGCCUCCCUACGCGUCGGUGUGUCCCACCUGGGUGGACUGCUGGAGGCAUCUAAGCAGAGAGGGCAACAUGAGCAGAGGCAACAGUCUAUUUUUCCGGAAGCUUCCGGCAGGAAAGAUCUACGCCGUUGACCAGAACAGAUUUUUUUAAAGCCUCAGGAGAACUGAGCUGAACAUAGUUGUGAUAAUAAAACAAAUCAACAUUGCCUGAUCUAGAGGUUGGACAGCUGGCACUUAAUCUUGUUUUUUUUUCAUGCAUUUGUUUACUAUUUUAUUUUUUCUCAACCUGCCAUCAUGUGAAAUAAAAAACACAUUAAUUUCCAGCAGGUUCGGUUUUAUUAACAGAAAUUAACAGGUGGCAACUGCAGGGCUGUAAAAUAAAUAAUCAUUUUGAAAAUGUGUACUAAAUCUGAACGGAGGGUGGUUCAUGCUGUCAAAGCUAAGUUAUGACAGAUCAGUGUGACAGCCCCCCCCCCAUGUGUUUUCUUUCUAAUGGAGUAUCGACGAUGACGCUCCUUCAUGAUGGGAUUUGUUUCUGUGGGAAAGUGCACCUCAGUCUGCAUGUGGUAAUGUCUAAUAAUUCAGAAGUUGGUGACCAAGUGGGACCGUCAUUGUGUGCUAGUGUCUCGAUGUGUUAAUGACAAAGCUCGCUGCUCGGCGGGGGAGUUCUAAUGUAACGGUGGGCGAAAGCCCCCCGGGGAUGGUUGUUGGGGAGCAUGUGUUGGAUGUGUGGCCAGCACGCUUUGGGCUCUGAGCAGCCAAGUGCUUGUAUCAACUCAUUCUGACUGACCCAAAUAAUAAAAUAAAAUAAAAACUUUA